AUUUAUCUCCUGCGCGAAUUCUUCUCUCUCAAAUUUGUUAUUUACUCUGUGUAUACAUUUUAGGAAAAAACGACACGAAUUUCACCUAAAAACUCAAAACCCUAAUUGUUUUUAGGGUUUCUCAAUUUUUUUUUCAAUCUCUCCCAAAUGGAAACCGAAGAAGAAGAGAAUUCAAUAAACCCUUCCAGAAGUUCUAUUGAACUCGAAAACGAAUCUAAUUUAACAACCACAAUAACAACUACUACAACAACAACAGACACGGAGUCUGUGGCCGAGUUGAACGAGUCGAACGCGUCUCAACUCGGUAUUACUGAUACCGAUUUACUACAACAACAAUCACAACCGCCACAAUCUCAAACAGAAACAACAGUUGUCGAUAUGAGCGAUGCUCAGGAUUUUGUUGUAGGCGACUCUGGAUCGGUUUCUCCUCAACAUUUGGUGAUCGAGGGACGCGAAGGCGAGGAGGUCGCGGAGGCUACAGAGGGGAGUGGAGAGAUUGAGGCACCGCGAGAGGUAGUUGAGAAAGAAGUGGAAAAUAGAGAUUUGGUUGCUAAAGAGGAGAGGAAUGAGGAUGUGAGCGGAUAUGCGAAUGCUGGAAACAAUGAAAUGGACACCGAAACAGAGGGCGUUGCUGACGUGGCAGCGGAAUUAGAGACCGAGACAUCGAGUCAGGAAGUAGAGGCAAUGGAAGAGGAGGUAGCUGAAGCGAAAGAGGAAUUGGCAGAGGAUGAGAAUACUGAGAAUAUGGAGAAUGCGGAUGUAGUGGAGGAGAAAAAAGAGGGUGCGGACGUGGUGGACAAGGUGGAGAUGGAUAGUGUGGUGAAGGAAACUAAAACUGUGAGGGUGAAGGAAGAAGAAGAGAGAGUGGAUAAUACGGAAAUAUAUGGUGUGGGGGAUGAAAUGGAGGCGGUGGAGCAGAGGGAAAUAACUGACGUUGUGGAGGAAGGGAAAGUGGAGAAGACAGAAGUUGUUGCUGAUGUUGCAAGGGAAACGGAGGACGUGGAGCGGGUUGGAAUGACUGAGAUUGUGGAGGAAGAGAAGGCGGAGAAGAUAGAAGUUAAUGAGGAAAAGCAGUCAGCAUUGCAGGUUGAAAUGACAGACUUUGCAGAGGAAACGGGAGAGGAUGAGAAAAAUGAAAUGACAGACAUUGCAGAGGAAAUUAAGGUGGCAGGGCAAUUAGAAACAACUGAUGUUGCAGGAGGGACAGAGCAGGCUAUUGACGAGGAAGGGGAAGCUAUGGAGACAAAAAUGAUUGACGUGGCAGAGGAAGGUGAUAAGGAAGAGGAUACAGAAAUGGAUAUGGCAGAGAAAGGGAAUGAAGGAGAUGAUAUGGCAGAUGAAGCUGAAGGAGUGGGGGAGGGAGUUGAAGAAGUGGGUAGAAGUGGUGGUGGGAAGAGGAAGCGGGGAAAGAAUGCUAAAACUCCCUCUAGAGCAACAUCAAAGAAAAAGAUGGAGGAGGAUGUCUGUUUCAUUUGUUUUGAUGGAGGUGAACUUGUGCUGUGUGAUCGCAGGGGUUGCUCUAAGGCUUAUCAUCCUUCUUGUGUUAAUCGAGAUGAGGCUUUCUUUCGGGCAAAAGGUCGAUGGAAUUGUGGUUGGCAUCUGUGUAGCAACUGUGUGAAGAAUGCCUACUAUAUGUGCUAUACGUGUACCUUUUCCUUGUGCAAGGGAUGCAUUAAAGAUGCUGUCAUAUUAUGUGUAAGAGGUAACAAGGGCUUCUGUGAGACAUGCAUGAAAACUAUCAUGUUGAUUGAAAGGAAUGAGCAAGGAAGCAAGGAAACGGUUCAAGUAGAUUUUGAUGACAAAAGCAGCUGGGAGUAUCUCUUCAAGGAUUACUGGAAUGAUUUAAAAGAGAGGCUCUCUCUAACACCGGAAGAACUUGCUCAGGCUAAAAAUCCAUGGAAAGGUUCCGAUUCACAUACUGGAAAGCAGGAAUUGGCUGAUGAGCUUUAUGAUGUGCAUAAUGAUGGAGGAUCAGGAUCAGACAGUUCUGCUGAUGCAGAAGUCACCACCUCUAGAAGAAGGAAGCCUAAAAAACGGUUGAGGUCUCGUGCAAAGGAGAAGGAUUCACCAGGCUCAGUAUCAUGGGCUGAAGGGGAAUCAGCAGAUGAAAGUGUUGAGUGGGCAUCAAAGGAACUUUUGGAGUUUGUUAUGCACAUGAAGAAUGGCGAUAAAUCUGCUUGUUCUCAAUUUGAUGUACAGGCUUUGCUGCUUGAUUACAUAAAAAGGAACAAACUUCGUGAUCCUCGUCGCAAAAGUCAAAUAAUUUGUGAUUCUAGGCUUGAGAAUUUGUUUGGGAAACCACGCGUGGGGCAUUUUGAAAUGUUAAAGCUUCUUGAAUCUCAUUUUCUUUUGAAAGAUGAUUCGCAGGCAGAUGAUCUUCAAGGGAGUGUUGUUGACACUGAAUCUAGUCAGUUGGAGGCUGAUGGGAACUCUGAUGCUCUUACGAAGGCAAGUAAGGAUAAGCGACGAAAAUCACGUAAAAAGGGUGAGGGGAGAGGACUGCAAUCUAAUAUUGACGACUAUGCAGCCAUUAAUAUGCACAAUAUCAAUUUGAUUUAUUUGCGACGUAGUCUUCUGGAAGAUCUAAUUGAAGAUACUGAAGCUUUUCAUGAUAAAGCUGUCGGAUCCUUUGUGAGAAUAAGAAUAUCCGGCAAUGCUCAAAAGCAAGAUUUAUAUCGGUUGGUCCAAGUUAUAGGUACAAGCAAAGCUGCCGAGCCUUACAGAGUUGGCAAAAAGAUGACUAGCUUUAUGUUGGAAAUAUUAAAUUUAAACAAGACAGAGCUUGUAUCAAUUGAUAUAAUCUCAAAUCAAGAAUUCACAGAGGAUGAGUGCAAGCGUCUGCGCCAGAGCAUAAAAUGUGGACUUAUCAAUCGGUUGACUGUGGGCGACAUUCAGGAAAAGGCCAUUGCAAUCCAGGCAGUCAGAGUUCAGGAUUCCUUGGAGUCAGAGAUUACACGUCUCAGUCAUCUCCGUGAUCGAGCUAGUGAUAUGGGACACAGAAAGGAGCUUAGAGAAUGUGUAGAGAAGUUGCAGCUUCUAAAAACACCUGAGGAGCGGCAGCGUAGAUUGGAAGAAAUUCCAGAAAUACAUGCAGACCCAAAUAUGGAUCCAAGUCAUGAAUCAGAUGAAGAUGAAGGCGAGACAGAAGAUAAGAGACAAGAGAACUCUCUCAGACCUAGAGGUAGUGGCUUUAGCAGGAAAGGGAGGGAGCCAAUUUCCCCCCGAAAAGGAGGUUUUACUUCAAAUGAUACCUGGGGUGGAUCAAAAAGUUAUUCAAGCACUAAUCGGGAGCUAAGCAGAAACUUGUCUGAUAAAGGUUUCUCAAGCAAAGGGGAUGACAUUGGAGGUGGUGAGUCUGUGAAUGAGAAUUUCUGGGGUCAAGGAAGAGAAAAACAAACACAGCAGUCCCAGAGUACUAAUUCUACGGUAAUAUCAGAAUCUGUUCCUGGGAUUGCCCUAGAGAUUUCACCUUCAACUCCAUCUACAGUGGUCACACAAUCUGCUUCCAAAGUGAAUGAAGCGGAAAAAAUAUGGCACUAUCAGGAUCCAUCUGGAAAAAUUCAAGGACCAUUUUCGAUGGUGCAGCUGCGGAAAUGGAGUAAUACUGGAUAUUUUCCUGUUGAUUUGAGGAUAUGGAGAAAUACUGGGACGAAAGAUGACUCCAUACUUUUGACUGAAGCACUGUCUGGAAAUUUCCAGAGAGACCCUCCAGCAGUGGACAAUAGUUUCCUGAAGACUCAAUUGGUUCAGAGUCCGCAUCUACCAUCGUCAUUUACAGGGAAUAUAGCCCAAGCUGCUCCGGUUCCAGUUGAGGUCCCCAAGUACUCUACGGAUAGGUGGGAUUCUGGGACAAACCUGCCUUCUCCAACUCCAGGCCAAACAACCCCAAGUUUGACAAAGGGGCAAGUGUUUGAAAGCCAAUGGUCACCAACUCCUGCUCAACCAGUGGGUUCUGCCUUAGGAGCCAAUCAAUCCUCAGGAGGCAAUGUAGAACUGCAAGGUGCUACUGUUAUCUCAGGGACUCCAUCAAAAAUGUCUCAUGGAGUGAGCCCAUUGCCCAAGUUAGAACCAGGCAUGCUUUCAAUUUCUUCAAAUGGUCCUCAAAUGCAUUCUCAAUCAACGUUGCCAGGUGAAUCACCCAGGGUACAGGUCAAUUCCCAUAUGCAUUCAGUACUUGAUCCCAGUGGAACUUCAGUUAACGCAACUGUUGAAAUGAGAAGUCUCCAGAACCUGGUUCAGCCGGGGACUAGUGGUAACUCUCUUGUCGGGACACAUGGAUGGGGGGCAGGUUCAAUUCCAAGGCCAGAAAUGUAUGCCUCACAUGCAGUAACUGGGGCUGGAUCUCAAGCAUGGGGAAGUACCCAAUCCCAGAAGCCAGAGGCAAAUAAUCUGGUUUUGAUGCCCUCACAGCCCAGUGCUUAUAGUAACUGGGGCAAUGCACAAACCUCUGUCCGGAACCCCUCUUCAUCCUUGACCACAGGAAAUCCAAGUGGGGUUUCCCCCGUGCCAAGCACGGGCACCAAUCCUUGGAGAGCUCCCGUUCCAGGACCAUCAAACAUUCAACCUUCUGUUCCAUCCAGCGGACCAUGGGGCAUGGGUAUUACAGACAACCAAGGUGCUACUCCAAGGCAAGGGCCAGAAAACCAAAAUACCAGUUGGGGACCAAUUCCAGGAAAUCAAAACAUGGGCUGGGGAGUAUCCUUACCUGCAAAUUCAAAUCAGGGGUGGGCUGUGCCUGGUCAGGUCCCAUCAGCUGGAAAUGUGAACCCUGGUUGGGGAGCUCCUGUCCAGGGACAAGCACCUGGAAAUGCAAAUCCUGCUUGGGGUGGUGCUCCUGUUCAGGGGCCAGCACCUGGAAAUGCAUUUUCAGGUUGGGGACCAUCUGGUCAGGGGCCAGCACCAACAAAUGCAAACACUGGUUGGGUACCACCCAGUCAAGGGCCACCACCUCCUCCGAAUGCAAAUACAAAUUGGUCAGUGCCUACUGGGAAUGCAGGUACAUGGGGAAGUGAUGCAAAUCAAAAUGGAGAUAGAGAUAGGUUUUCGAGCCAAAGGGAUAGAGGUUCUCAUGGUGGAGAUUCUGGUUAUGGUGGAGGCAAGCCAUGGAAUAGGCAGUCAUCAUUUAACAGAAGCAGAGACUCCCCCAGGCCUCCAUUUAAAGGGCAGAGAAUCUGCAAAUACCACCAUGAACAUGGGCAUUGCAAAAAAGGAGCUUCAUGUGAUUAUAUGCAUAAUUGAGAGCUUUAGGAAUUUUGGGGCAGCAUAGAUUAGUUAAUCCCUGUACAGUUAUGUUCUUUGAUAGAAGUUUGAUGUUAUAAUAAUCAUCAUCCAUUGAUGCUUUAUACUUCUAAAAACCUCUUGCAUCAGCUCGUUCAUUUCCCGUCUUGGAUUUUCGUCUGCGUAGAUGCUCGGCCGUUCACCUUUAUGUCAACGGUUUAUUUGAAUAGUCGAGGCAGCUGCUUGGGAUCAAAUGUCCCGUUUCCAUACAAGGCUAGUAGGACACUUCUGAUUUGAUGCGUUUAGGUUGCUGAUCGAGUGACAAUUUUUGUGCCCUUUUCGUCUUGUGAUUGAUAAAGAGUUAUAAUUUAUGUUUACAGCCUUUGUUUAAGUUAUGGUUGACGAUGAAAUGCCUUGAGAUUAUUACCUGAUUUUUUUUA